GGGGCAUGCAGAGUGGUUCUUUGCGCUUCCCAAUGGCUGCCGUGACUCCGGUGCCAUGAGCAAAGUCCAGAGAGCAUGAGGCUACAAUCCAAAAGCUCCAGCAAUGGCGAAGCAAAAAAAGAGAGGCCAUACUCCGCCGAGAUGUCUGGGAGCCGCACAGUGCAGCGAGAAGUGUCCCGACACCUGGCGGCGCUGGCACGGGCGAGGCAUUUGCAGCACUCCCCGGAGCGGCGGGUGGAGAAUGAGCCCGAGGCGGAGGUCAUCCCCCGGAUCGGCAACACGUUGGUGCCCUACCGAAUCCAUGAGCCGGCGACCCACGCCCAGCGCUUGUCUCAGCUGUGCUACGAAAAGUACAAGAAGAAUGAGGCGGCUAUGGAAGCUGGGACUUUGCGCGCUAGGACCCUGAGAAAGCCCCUGGCGCCCACUCGCUCGGUGGACUUCGGCCUUCUGCCCAACGCGUGGCGCCCCACCUGGGAGGACGUCCUGGCGGAGUCGCACGCGAGCCACUCGCCCCUGGCCCUGGCGGCGGCCAACUUGAUCGCGGGGCGCUCCGUGGCCAAGGCGCUGAGACCGGAGGAGCAGCCAGAGGGCCUCGAGAAGUUGCAGGAAGGAGUGCUGGACCUCAAGGCCUGGGUGCGCCUGGCGAAUGGCGGAUCCACACGAAGCAAGGUGCGGGCGCCGGAGUUCUCGGAGCUCCCGAAGAUCCUGGCGAUGCCCGAGAAGGUGUUGGCUGCGCUGUUUCUCCUGCAUGACGUCAGUGUGGUCCAAGAGGCGGAUCUCAGCGGCAUGGGCUUGGAGAAGGCGCCCAGUGCGCUGAGGACCUUUCCAGGACUGCGGAGCAUUGAUUUGAGCCACAACAGGACCUUGACCUGCCUGCAGGCUCUGGGCAGCUGUAUGGAGCUGCAAGCUGUGCGUUUGUGCGGCUGUCAGAAGCUUUGGAAUCUCAAGCCCUUGGCCUCCCUCCCAGUGCUCCUCGCCUUGGACCUCGCCGACUGCGACAGCCUCACGGAUCUCCGAGGCCUCCUCGCUGGCUACGAGGGGCCACGGCCGGAAGAUGCGGCGCUCUCCCCGCGACCACCUUCAAGGGGCAGAAGCCCCGCCACGCAGGCGCGCGACCAGGUCCAGUCUGGGGCACUCACGCAGCGGUCUGCCAGGGCCCCCCGCGAAGAGACGCUGCUACCGCGGCCAGUGCGGCCGUUGGGCCAUCCAACACUCCGCUGGCUGGGCCUCAGCGGCUGCAAGAACCUCCACAGCGCGGAGCUGCUAACGGCUUGCCAGGACCUGUGCUACGUGGAUCUCUUCGACUGCAGCAGUGUAGAUGGCUUCCAUUGCUUCUGCGCUUGCAAUGCGGCGAAGGUGGAGCACUUGGUGUGGCCGAGCCUGGAUCAUCUCACCACCUUUGCAAAGCAAGCGGCCCUGCCUGCUGCCAGGACGUGGGAGCUGCUGAGUUUGGCCGUGGACAGCGUACGUCAGAAACAGCGCUGCCUGGAGGACCACGCUCCGCUGCCGCCCCUGCAGAAGCUGGCACGCACUGCGGCGCGGGAGGCAGCGCAAAGGGCAGAGAAGGACCUUGGGGCCGUGGAGGAAGUGCAGAUUCCCAAGACCUGGCUCUUCCCCGAGGAGAUGCCUGACACGGACGUAGAGGAUGAGAUGUCGGACGGGCUGCCGGACACCCGCGGCACAGUCUCUCAGUGCAUCCACCCGUACACCUGGGUGCGCAAGCUCCGGGCGGACGGCUUUAAGCCGGGCCCAGCCCUGCAGGGCACACAGCUCUUCCACGCUCUCGACCGCGACAGAGAUGGCUUGCUGUCCCAGAAGGAGUUCGCCUUUUUGGACCAGGAGUUUGGCAGUCCGGAGGAGGUGAAUGAGGCGAUUGGCUUUUUGUUGAAGAGGCAUCAGAUGGUGCACGACGUAGUUGCCAAGGAUUUGGCCGGGAAUCGCAAGAAGAUCGACACCAAGCGCCUCGUUGAGUGCAUGGUGAUUGCAGGGGCAGAGGAAGAGUGCGCCCAGCGCGCGUCUGCGGCGAUCCUCUACUGCACGAACACGCGGGGGACAUGCCAGGAAGCUUUGCAGCAGGGCUUGGGCGGCUUCGUGUUGGUCUACACCAUGUCGCUCUUGCAGAGUUUGCAGCAGUUCCUCAUGGACACUUUCGGGGGCCUGAAGAGGGCCUUCGAGCAGCUCGACAUCACCGGACGGCGCCGGAUCACGCUGGAGGAUUUUACAUCUGUCAUCAGCGACUUGCAGUGGCCUGAUAUCUCCCCGGGAGUUCUGGAGGUCAUGUUCCGCUUGCUGGACCGUGACUGCACUGGGGCCUUCCUGGAGAAGGACAUGGCAGCCUUCGAGCAGUUCAACGCUGAGAAGUGCCCCGGCUCCGCCACGAUGAAGGGCGCUUCUUCACAGAUGUUGAGCUCUAUGAAAUGGAUGUUGGCCAUGAAUGUGAGUAUUGUACGUUAG